UGCCAAUAAGCCAGCAACAAAACCAGGACUCAAAAUCACACUCAUUUCUCUGAUUCUCUCCCUUCACAGACCACUGCGCCCUGUGCUCCUGUCUUCUAAAACCUUCCAAUCAUUCCCAAAAUUAAUGUAGUAAAACCCUUAAACCCUAACUCAAAAAUCAGAACCAAUUGAAAACAAGAUUUGGGGGCAUAAUCAAACUUUCCCAGAAAUUGAACUCAAUCAUUCGCGAGAAGCCAUCAGUUUCUGUAAUUGCGGUUUUCUUCAAUUGAAUUCACAUGAAAAUCUUAAAGAUCAAUGCUGGCCUCCUUACUAAUUUCGAAGUGCUCGAUUUAUUACGAUCGAGAGGGGCUUCCAAGGAUCCUACCCGGGCUAUGUCUUUGUUAAAACUGUCAGAAUUCAAGGUUUAUGAUUAUUUGGUUGAGAGUGCUGCUUGUGAUCAGACUAGAGAAAGUAUCAAUGAUUUUAUAGCGAACUUCAAAGAGUAUCAGCUACCUAAAGCUGAGUUGAUCAACAUCAUUAACAAUCGCCCCUCUUCUGCAGUCGAAUUGGCUCCGAUCAUUGAGGCAUUGGAACAGCGCAAUUGGAAUGAUGAUACGUUGGAUGAGAUGGCAGAGCUGAUAGUUCAAGUGCUGCCACCUCGUCCGGACCAGAAAAAUAUGGAUGAGGAGGGAACUGCUGAAGAUAAUGGUGCACAAGCGACUGAUGAGAAUAAUACUGCACAGGUGGCUGCCGAGGAUAAUAAACAGGUGUCUGAUGGUGAUAAUGGAGAAGAAGAGAUGGACGACAGCUGACCUUUCCUAGAUGCUUAGAUGAAUUUGUGCAGAUUUUUUUGAAUUGUUAGUUAACCACUUUCUAGGUUAAGAUUGGAUCAGAAUGCAUAUAUAUUAUAUAAUGAAUACUUUUCUUGGCACACCUGUCUUUAAGCCAAUUUCCUGUGUCAUUAGUGAAGUGCCUAUGUGUUUUCUUGUUAGCCCUUUGGUUACAAACUUAACACUCCUUCUGUCCUUGUCUACUACUGUAGUUUCAAUGAACGUAUUAAUGCCAUUGCUAUGCUCAUACAGUCAUAAUGUCA